CUCCAGAUUGCAACGCUGGAGCGAACUUGCAGCCAUGAGAAGUGCCGGAGUCUAUGGGAACGAUAUUCAGUGGUGUUUUACUCAAGUGAAAGGUACCACCGAUCUUGAUGUUUCUGAAGGAGAAGACGGCCCAUAACAGCAUCGAAAGGUCGCGGACUGGUGGAGGCCCCGCUAACCUCCUAAUCCUAACCAGAUCAGGACACCUUGGAGCUGGAGAAGCGCUAUCCACCUCGGUCAACCGGCCGUGGAGAUGCUAGGAUGUCAGACCAAGAUAAGAGUGCAGUGCACAGAGCUGAUAUAAUUUCUACCGUAGAGUUCAACCACACUGGAGAAUUGCUGGCCACUGGGGACAAGGGGGGUCGCGUUGUUAUAUUUCAGAGAGAACAAGAGACAAAAAGCCAGCCUCACCACCAAGGUGAGUACAAUGUUUACAGCACCUUCCAGAGUCAUGAGCCUGAGUUCGAUUACUUAAAAAGCCUGGAAAUAGAAGAAAAGAUUAAUAAGAUCCGUUGGCUGCCUCAACAAAAUGCAGCUCACUUUCUCCUCUCUACCAAUGAUAAAACUAUUAAAUUAUGGAAAGUCAGUGAAAGGGACAAGCGGCCAGAAGGUUAUAACCUCAAAGAUGAAGAAGGUAGAAUGAAGGAUCUCUCCACAGUUACAGUGCUGCAGGUGCCAGUGCUAAAACCCAUGGAUUUGAUGGUGGAAGUGACUCCACGCAAGAUCUUUGCUAAUGCUCACACCUAUCACAUCAACUCAAUUUCUGUCAACAGUGACUGUGAGACGUAUAUGUCAGCCGAUGACCUCAGGAUAAACCUUUGGCAUUUAGGAAUAACAGACAGGAGUUUCAACAUAGUGGAUAUUAAACCUGUGGACAUGGAAGAGUUAACUGAGGUGAUCACAGCUGCUGAGUUCCACCCCCACCACUGUAACCUGUUGGUUUAUAGCAGCAGCAAAGGCACCUUGCGGCUCUGCGACAUGAGGGCAGCUGCGCUGUGUGACAAGCACGCCAAAUUGUUUGAGGAGCCAGAGGAUCCCAGUAACAGAUUCUUCUUCUCCGAGAUAACCUCUUCAGUGUCUGAUGUGAAGUUCAGUCACAGUGGCCGGUACAUGAUGACACGAGAUUACCUCACCGUCAAAGUCUGGGAUCUGAACAUGGAAACCAGGCCUAUAGAAACAUAUCAGAUUCAUGAUUACCUCCGGAGUAAGCUUUGUUCUCUCUACGAGAACGACUGCAUCUUUGACAAAUUUGAAUGUGCGUGGAAUGGGUCAGACAGUGUUAUUAUGACUGGGGCCUACAAUAACUUCUUCAGGAUGUUUGACCGCAACACAAAACGGGAUGUCACACUGGAAGCCUCCAGGGAGAACAGUAAACCACGGGCUGUGCUUAAACCACGCAAAGUCUGCACAGGAGGCAAGAGGAGAAAGGAUGAAAUUAGUGUUGACAGUUUAGACUUUAACAAGAAGAUCCUGCACAUGGCCUGGCACCCAACAGAGAACAUAAUAGCUGUGGCAGCGACAAACAAUCUCUACAUAUUUCAGGAUAAAGUGAACUCUGAGAUGCACUAGGUUUAUAAAUACCUUGGUGUAAUUAUAAACCGGCCUUUUUUCUGACCUUUCUGCCAAUGAUCUUCACAAGGUUGUAUUCAUCUUAGUGGAAUUGUGGAAGUGUGGUUUCUCAUUAGUGUGUAUCACUUGUCAGUAAGAUUUGGUUUUUUUGUCAGUCACCAGGGGUGAGCUCAGCACUGCAGAGUGGAAACACAGAAGAGCACACAUGGCUACCAUCUACACAGUUACACCUCUUCUCCAGUCAAUCAAAUGUUUAUGUUUCAGGCAUCAUAGAAAUUUUACUGGUUGUUUGAAACUUUUCACCGAAGAUCUCUGAAUUUGUACAUGUGGACACGAAUAGAACACUUGAGAUCUGACUACCUACUCCUGAUUUGUUUACCAUCUUUAAGGUGGAUUCAGUUGGCCUUGCAUCAGUAAAUAGCUUCACCAGGCACCUGAAAGGUAAAAAGCUGCUGUCUUUGUUUGCUGUGUCAGCCUGCCCAAAUGUAAUUUCUAAUGUACUGCUAAUCAAAUCUCUGCAAUGCUUUUUUCAAAAUGGAUUACCCUGUUAUUAGACAACUCAAGUGGGUUCAGCUAUUCUUUUAUUGCCAGUGGCUUGGCCUGGGAUUAAAAAAAAAAUCUAUCUUUUCUUUUCUGAUUGUUAAGAAUUGUUGGGAGCAAGACGAGUUGGAAUGUUUUCAUUCCAAGCCCAUAAAGAAGAGCCAAAAAAAUACUUAAAACUCUAAUUUGGUGCAACUGACAGUAACUUGGCAGUUUGACAUUAAGUACAGUUAAAAACUGGCACAGUGCAGAGUAGAGCACUCUUUUGAAGUUAUGAUGGAAUUGGAUUUUCAGAAUAACGUUGUGGAAGCUUUUCAUUGUAUCGGAAAAAUUUUGCACCUCGCCUGAAACCUUUUGACACGGUCACUGGCUGCAAAGUGGGGAAAAUGGUUCAUAGCCCAGCACUGCCACUGUAAAGAAAACAAACAGAAAGGUUAUGCAACUGGUUUUUUUUUUCAAAGAAUAUCUUCCAAUUCAUUUUUUUUUAAAAAAAGGCCCCUUAUCAGUAAUUCUCCAAACAGAUAAAAUGGGAUGGCCUACCCAGUUUCAUUAUCAGCGUGCCAAAUAGAGCCAUAGAACAAAAAAAAUUGCACAAAUCAAGGAAAAGGUGGAUUCUUUUAUAACCAUUUAUGGAGAUGCAUUGUUUAUGGCCUAUUGCAAAAUUUGAGAUAGACUUUAAAAAUUUAGCUGGAAUGUAGAGCAUAAUGUUUACAGGCUGUACAUUAUUAAGUGGAACAUUGCUAAUAAAAUCACUGAAUUUUUUUUUGUAACAAGUUUGAAGACAACGGGAAGAUAAUGUUACACAGGUUUGAUUUUUCUGCUACUUGAAAUAAAACAUCAGAAGACA